AUGGACGCCCAUGAACUUUCCCCGCAACGUUUGGAAGAUGAAAAAUUAGAAACUACGUCAGCCGGAACUAACAGUAGUGAUAUCGAUCCAGUUGCUGAGCGUCGACUUUUGAGGAAGUUAGAUUGGUACUUGCUACCUCUUUUUACCCUGCUUUAUUGCACCGCUUUCAUCGAUAAGAUUUCUAUCGGCAAUGCUAAAAUUGCUGGCAUCGAAAACGACCUCCGCUUGACUGGUCUCGACUUAAAUAUCGCACUCACCGUAUUUUAUAUCUUUUUCCUCGUUGCAGAAGUGCCUUCGAACCUUGCCUUGAAGCGGUUCGGUUCUGGCUGGCUUUCGGCUAUGACCACGAUUUUUGGGCUGAUUUCGAUUGGCACUGCGUUUGUGACGUCCUUCGCCGGAAUACUGGUAACGAGAGCUCUUCUAGGAAUAGCGGAAGCUUGUUCGCUGUCUGGCUUUGUAUACCUCCUUUCUAGGUACUACCGUCGAUCCGAACUCGUCCUUCGCGUGGGCAUAUUUUUCGGUUUAUCUCCCGGACUGGGAGGUGCUUUCGGCGGACUGUUGGCGUCUGGGCUGCUCACUGUUUGCAUCCUUCCGGCUUGGAUUUUGAACAGUUUCACUCAUACUUCAUUUGAAGAGGGUAUAAUCACGACCGGGAUUGGACUUAUGUGUUUCGUGGUCCUCCCGACUGACCCUCAAUACACACGAAUGUUCACCGAAGAAGAACGGAAGCUUGCGUUGGCUCGAAUUGAUGCUGAUCAGAACACAGAAACGAAAGGGCGAACGGAAAAGGCUUCAUUUGCUCUUGUUCUUCGGUCGUUCAAUUUUAGUACUACUCUAUGUGCAAUCUGUUUCGCACUCCUGAAUGUCACCUUUCAGGGACUUAGUCUGUUCAUGCCUACCGUUGUAGCAAGCUGUGGGUUUUCCGAUUAUGCUGAUUGA